AUGUAUAGUAACUUGAUAUUGUUAUUACUUUGGGUGGCUAUGAUUAUUCUGGUUUAUUACAUAAAGAAUAGGAAUACGGAGGUUGAAGUUUUUGAUCCAUUUAGAAUUCUUAGAUUAGAACUUGGAGCAGUUGAGUCUUCAAUAAAGAAAAAAUAUAGGAGACUUUCUGUUCAGUUCCAUCCAGAUAAAAAUCCCAAUCCAGGUGGAAACAAGUACUUUGUUGAGCAUAUUGCUAAGGCUUAUCAAUCUCUGACUGGUCCAGUAGUUUGUGAAAAUUAUGAAAAAUAUGGUCAUCCUGAUAGGAGACAGUGGGAUGAUGAAUUUGACAGAAAUGGUGAUAGUUCAGCACAACUUCUAGCUGCUGUCAAUGCUGCAAAUAACGCUCAAGCAAUUAUUACCACUUUGUUGGAGGAGUACGAGAGUGUAUUUGAUGUAAGAAACUUUCUUUUGAUUAAUUGUGAGAGCUUAAUUUCUAUUUACCGGAGAUGUUCCAUUUCAGCUGAUUCUCGAGUUGAAAAUAGUGAGACUAAAGACUCGACUGAUGACGAUAAUGUAGAUAAUAAAGAAAACGGUUACCAUGACGCAAAGAAUGAAAAUUAUCAAGACAGAUGA